AUGCGUCUUUCCGCACUUCUCCGUCAUCAAAAAUCCACUGUAAACGUCGUCGAUUUGGGUCUAAUUUCAUAUGGUGCCGCUUUGAAAGAACAACAGAAAUUUGUAGAUUUGGUAAAAGGCAAUAAAUCUGAAACACACUCUUUAAAUUUUAUAUUGGCUCUGGAACACAAACCGGUUUAUACAGUGGGAAUUCGAAGUAAAGGGUAUACAAAAGAGGAGGAAGAGCGAUUGAAGGGAUUAGGCGCAGAGUUUCACAGAACAUCUCGAGGCGGUCUCAUCACAUUUCAUGGUCCCGGCCAACUUGUUCUUUAUCCGAUUUGUGAUGUCAGAAGAGUGUCGACACGACAACUAGGUGUUAGAAAUUUCGUCGAUAAACUUGAGCAGACAAUCAUUGAUUCGGCUUCGCAGGGAUUUGGGAUUCAAAAUGUGGGGAGAACUGAAAAUACAGGUGUGUGGGUAUCGGGCGAACGAAAACUCGCUGCCAUCGGUAUUGCCGUGUCCGGCGGAGUCUCUUAUCAUGGUAUCGCAAUCAAUUGUAACACUGAUUUGACGUGGUUUGAUAAUAUCGUCGGCUGUGGUAUCGAAGGUGUCUCCACGACCUCUCUCUCCCGUGAAACCAAUCGUACUGUAACUGUUUCUGAAGCCCGUCCCGUCCUUCUGAAUCACUUCGCCAAGAACUUCGAGUGCCUUCUCGACUCUUCUUCCUCCAAUAAUUACAGUUUUCCUCAUUCCAAACUUUCUAGUGCUGUUUCUAAUUCAUAG